AAUUACUACACCAAAAUCUAUUCCCUUUCUUCUCUAUCCUCAAAAUAAAGAAUAUAAUCUAUUUCGAUAACAUUAUUAGUAUUAUUAUCUACCCAAAUUCAACAAAAAUUCAAAUAUCUCUUUUUCUUAAUGGAGUAAAUAAUUUUCUUUAUUUUCUUUCAAAAGAGAUUUUAAAAUAGCUAGAUAAGUGAAGUAAUAUAUUAUUAUUAUUAUUAUUAUUAUUAUUAUUAUUAUUAUUAAAAAAGGGAAAAAGAAAAUGAAGAAAUGGGUAAAGAGUUCAGGUCCAUUAGUAGGGAUGAUAAUGGUGCAAUUGGUAGGAACAGGGUUACAUAUACUUACAAGGAUUAUUUUAACUCAAGGCACCUUCAUUUUUGCUCUUAUUGUUUAUCGCCAUCUUCUUGCUGCUCUUUGCAUUGCUCCUUUUGCAUUCUAUUUUGAAAAGGGAAAUGGAACGAAAUUGACUGCAACGGUGGGAAUUUGGAUCUUUCUUUCCUCUUUAUCCGGGAUAAGUAUGGGGAUGAGUUUUUUAUACUAUGGACUUCGUGAUACCUCAGCAACAUAUGCAGCCAAUUUCCUGACUUUGCUCCCAAUUUUGACCUUUAUUUUCUCCAUCAUAACCAGAACAGAGAAAUUAAAUUGGAAGAGCAUGAAAGGAAAAGUUAAGGUUGCAGGAUCAAUCCUGUGCUUAGCAGGAGCCCUUAUAAUUAGCCUUUACAAGGGAGCCUCACUUAUUACAGGAAAUCAUCAUUUUCAUAGCCCAGUUUGUAUGACUCGUAAAAUCAUCAAAUAUAACUGGACACGUGGCACUCUACUACUUGUUGCUAGCAUUCUCUCCUCAUCCACUUGGUAUAUAUUUCAGGUAAAAUUGUUAAAGGCAUUUCCAUCAAAAUACAAGGCAACAAUGUUAAGUUGUUUAUCAGCAUCAGUUCAAGCUGCAAUUAUUGGCCCUUGUUUGGACGCAAAUAAAACCUCUUGGAUGUUAGGAUGGAACCUCCAAUUAAUUACCAUUAUUUACUCGGGAGUAUUGGCAUCUGGAUUAUCAUUUUGCAUAAUCUCAUAUGUAAUUUCAUGUAAAGGACCAACUUAUCCAGCUAUCUUUACUCCAUUAUCUCUCACAUUUAUAACCGCAAUUGAAGUUUUUUUUCUAGGAGAAGAUCUCCGGAUUGGAAGUUUGCUUGGGAUGUUGGUGAUAGUGGUGGGCUUGUACCUCUUCCUAUGGAGCUGCAAUGAUAAGAAAAGGGUGGAAUCAUCCCAGCCUAAAUCACACAAUGGAAAUGAAAAUCUAGCCCAAGGUAAUAAUAAUGAGCUUGGAGGGUUACAAUUGACCGCAACUAUUGUUCCAAUUGCAUCGCCUAUUACUAUAAAUCAUUGCUCCCAUUAUAAAACUACAACAUUAUGAUGACCCUUGGAUGAAAUCCUUUGCCUUUUUGUAUGUAGAGGAAACAACUAGGAUGAAGCUUGUGAAUUUUGAUUUGAUUUAUACAUGGAAAAAUUUUGAACUAGGUUUUGUAAAAUUAACACUUAGGGAUUUGUAAGCGGUAGUAAUAUAAAUGAUAGUUUUGAU